AUGAUCAAGAUCUCCAGCUCGCUGUUCCUUAUUGUCCUUUUGUCCUUGCUUCAAGGAUUGGUAUUAGCUUCCUCUGUAAAGAUUCAACCCGCUCAUUUAUCAAUUCUGCCAUUAAUUUUUCAAGCUCUUGUUAUCAUUCUCAAUCCUUUCAGGCAUCUUUCAAUAUUUUUUAAAAGCGGAAUUCCUUCUUCUUCUGAUGUGUUUGUUAGCUCUCGUAUCUUGAUAUUAUUUUCCAUAUAUUCAUUUACCUAUUUGCUGAGAUUACUGGCGGUAAAUAAUGUCUUUUCGAAUACAAAAAUUUUUUCAACUUUAGGAGUCCUUGUUUACGGAAUUGUUACAGCCUGCGUUUUGUUGUCUGUUUUUAUAGCUCCUUGGAGAAUUUUUGUCUUUUUCACCAAUUUGACGCCAAAUAUCGUAUUCACAUUGGUGGUAUCCCUUUUCAUGAGCUAUCAUUUGAUUUCUAUACAGACUUUAGGAUAUCUGAUAGAUACUUCUGACUUCCUAUUCCCUUUUCUGUAUUUUCGAUUGCUAUUUGGCCAACCCUCUGAAUCCCCUUACUGGUGGCGUUGGCACUAUCGCCUAUUUGGGGUAAUUAUUCCAGCCUUUUGCCUUUUAAUCGACUAUAAUCUCAAGUUUUUUCUUAUGAUAGCUCUUCUGCAUAUGUUCACGUCUCAAUUAUUUGUCGCCUGGCCAAUUCUUGAAGAUUUCGAAAAAAACCUAUUGCUGGCUCAGGCUUUUUUGGGGCUAGGACGAGAUAUAGCGAUUUCAGAUACUUCCGAUAUCACUGGCGGCUUUCUUUCUGUCCUUGCAAUUGACCAAGAAGCUGGCUCGUACGUGAUACCGGCCUUUUUUGAGGCAAUUUUUUUGCAUCUCAUAAUCCAGAUCCUUCCUGUGCCACGACAUCCUAAGGGUUCCCCGAUUAACAAACCAAUUUUUCUCGCACUAUUCUUGUAUUUACUCUAUACUUGCUGGCUUGGCUCGAUCAGGUCGGAAGAUUUUUGGAACUUUAAACCUCCAAUAUUUAUGGACUCUUCCAAGUAUGACGACCUUAUUUCUCAAAGGGAACGGGCAGAAUAUGGUCUGCUGGUCUUGUCGGCGAAAAAAGCCAGCACAUUUUUUACGUGCUGCACGUCUUUUUCUAUUUCAUCUAUCUUUUUUGAUUUCAUAUCGAUGUUAUUCACUCGAUCGACACCAUUCACAUUUAUCAUUUCUUUGAUGCAUGGAGUUUUUGGAUACUUUUCUUGGGAGUUUUACACUUUUUUCAUCCUAAAUGUCCUAAGCUUUGAAAUCAUGCGAACUAGGUGCCUAAUUACUGUUGUCUUUUGGGCAUGCACUUUAUACUUUACCACACCUCCAUUUGUAAAAAAGGACAGCGUAGCAAAGCUUUCUCCGGUCUUUUUUUCAAAGGUCAUCCUGUCCUUUAUCCAAUUAAUCUUGCAUAUUUUUAUCUUUCCUGUUGGAUCUUUUAUCUGGUUUACCAAGGCCCUUUCACUGAUAAAGAGAGCAGAUCAAUUUAGCCUAAUGGGUAGCUUUAUUUUAAGCGUCUUUGUAUUCUCGUGCGCAGAGGCCGAGAACUUUAUGUUUUCAUACGCAAGAACGCAAUUUACUCUUCCAUUUUUAUUGACCGAGUUUGGAAUAGGCUCUGAUGGGACAUUUUCUGCCUCAAUCACAACUAUGGAUCCGUCGACAACUGUUGAUUUCCCCAAAAAGGUAUCAUUUUACCCACUGGAUAGGUCCCCAGUGUCUACUCUUAUCGAAAGAAUUGUAAAUAAACAAAAGCGUGCGGCGAAUCCAACUGUGAAAAAAGGCGAUUCCCCCGCUUUACCAGGCGCAUCACUGCUAGCAUCAUCCUCAUCCUCGGAAAGUGGUAUCAAUCCAAAGGAACAUGUUGCAAAGUCUUCAUUGGUAGAUGCUUCAUCAUCUACCUCAUUCCGGAAAGCAGCAAAAAUUUUCUCUUCAUCUGUAAUAUCCCUCCUGUUGGCUACGAUCAUAGUCAUCUAA